AUGGUGCUGAGGAGGCAGCGGGCGCCCACGCGGAUUCGAGCGAUUGGCGGGGCGGCCCCAGCUUUGAAGGCCUUGAAGGGGGAGCGGACUGUGCUCGAGAGUGCCCAUCCGCCUCUCCCCGUCAGGAGGGAUUAUUCUCGGCGGCUCGACAAAUUCUGGGAGUUCGGGCAAAGGCGAGGUCUCCCCUUGGCCAACCUGAAGCUCUGCGACGACGCGCUGCGCGACUUUGCCGACCUGCUGUUCCUGGGCGGCGAGCAGGUGGAUGCUGGGGCCAAGCUGCUGGCCGCGCCAGGGAACUACGACAUCCAGAGAUGCGGCGCGCCAAGUCCCCCAAGGUUCCGUCGAGUUUUCCGCGCGCGGGACCGAAGGGGGCCCGCGGGGGGCAGAGGCCCCCUUCCCAUUCGGCUGCUGGCGGGCGUCCUGGGCGCGCUGGCCUUGCGCGGCCGCCGCGAGGAGGUCCUGGCCGUCGCGCUGAUGUUCAGCUGCUGCCCUGGGGCUCCCGAGCUCAUCGCGAUGGUGGAAGGCGACCGCCUCGAGCCGGUGGCGAACGCAGGCGUAGCUCUGUCCUGCUGGAGCUUGCUGCUGCGCCCCUUCGAGAGGGGGGGGGCCGGCCGAGGUGGGCCAGUUCGACGACGCGAUGCCUCUGGGCAGCCGCGACUUCCCCAACCUGGGCGCGCUCCUUGCUGGCUUGCGCGGAGGAGGUCCGGAGGUCUGGCUCUGCAGUUUCAGCCAGGCGCAGCUGCUUCGCCGCUUCCCGGCAGCCUGCCGAGGAGCGGGCCUCGGGUCGCUGAGCCGCGAGAUGUGCUGGUGGCGCCGCUGGGGUUUUCUUAUGAAGAUACGAGAGACCCAGGCGAUCAAGCAGCGUGGCCGCUGGCCCAACGAUUGCGCACUGCUUCGCUACAUGAAGGCAUGGAGGGUCCAGGAGCUUCACAGGUCCUGGCCCCCGAGGCGAGCGUGUGGUGCCGAAGCGCCGAGGCCAAUUUCUCGGCCAUCCUUCGAGGCGCUUGGCAGCCUGCCCUUCAGCCUUCAGGAGUCUGCCGAAGUCUCUCCGCAGGACAUGUGUGA